AUGGACUCACUUGCCGCCGCCUGCCUCUGCUCCCGCCGUCGCCGCGCUCACCGACUCCUCCUGGCCGCUGCGGCGGCCACCGCCGGGUACGGCCUGUACCGCCUCUACCGCCACCACCGCCGCCGCAUCGUCGCCGCCCUCUCCCUUGCCGACGCCGUGUCCCAGGUCGCGCCAAUUACAUCAACAGCAGCAGCAGCAGCAGCAAAACCCCAAACCCCACUCCAAGAUCGGAUCUUGGAUCGCCUCCUCUCCCCCGAGGGCGCCGGAUUCGCCUCCGCUGUCGUCGGAAGCUUCGCGAGGAACCUCGUCUUGUCCUCCUGCGACGCCCGCACGUCCGAGGCCGGCGACCGCGUGGAGCCCCGGUGGCUGGCUGCGCUCUGCAGCGCCACGGGCAAGGAGGCUGCCGCAGACCUCGUCCGAGUCUUCGUCAGCACCGCCGUAGCUGCCUACCUCGACCGCACCACCGCAGUGCGCACCAACAACCAGCUGCUCGCUGGCCUCUCUGAUCCAAGGCACGAGGCCAAGGUCAAGGACCUGGCUGUCUCUGUCUGCAACGGUGCUGUCGAAACCUUCCUCAGGACGUCGCGGCAGCUCGCCAAGGAGGCCUCCGAUGCUCGCAUUGAGGCAGCAGCAAUGGAGCGUGUGGUGGACGAUUCAGACUCCAACGGCGUGAUCCAGAAGGUUUCAAGCACGCUGGCCGCUCCGAGCAACAGGAGAUUUGUACUGGACGUCACAGGCAGGGUCACCGCAGAGACUGUCCGGUCAUUCCUUGACUUCCUAGCACAGAGGAUGUCUGAAGGGGCCAGGAAGAGCAUUGUCAUCGCCCGUGAUGAAGUCGCUGAGAGGGGGCUCGUUGCUGUCAAGUACCUUGGCGCCAAGUCCAUGGCCAUCUUCACCAUCUCCCUGGCAUUGUGCAUGCACAUUUUGAUGGGAACAAGAUUCCUAUUGCCAGCCUAG